AUGCCAGUCCGGCGUGCGCCCGUCACAAUCAACGAUGACAUGUUUCUGACCGUGCGGGACGCUCCCUUCUUUAAGGCGCGGCAGCAUGUGGCCGCGUUAGUUGCGUCACACCAAUGCCAGAUGAAGACCGUCAUGCAGCAGACUUUGCCGUUCUUUGCUGCCGCACGGUACGGAGAAGAUGAAGAGGCCCUGGAGCUUUGUGACACCCUCCUUCGGGCUGGAGUCCCGCUAAACCAGUUGGAUGACAAUCGCCAGACCGCGCUGUUCUAUGCGGCUCGCCAAGGGCACGUGCACACGUGCAAUUUUCUUGUUUGCAGCAGAUCCGACAUUAACACAAUUGACAAGUUCGGCGAGACCGCGUUGUUUUACGCGGUGAAGCGGUCCAGAGUAGCGGCUGUGGAGAUGCUGCUCGACCAUGGAGUAGACUUCGAGGUCGUGAACCACAAGAAGCAAAGCGUCCUCACCGCGGCCUCGGCCUCGGAGCUGUGCACCGUCUUCCAGGAGGCCCGAAAAAAGAGGCGCCUGGAAGUGACCGAAGGUGAACCUGGACAACGCAGCAAGCGCCCACGGAGUGCGCUCGAGCAACUGGAAGCAUGGGCCGAUGAGUGGCCCAUGCGUCACCCGAAGAUCGAGACGGCGGACUUCAAGCAAAAGGAUGUCUUGAAGUCCGAGGGCGAAUACUCUAUUGUCAAAGUUUCAUCGCCCAUUGCCGCAGCAAAACUUCGGGUUCUGGAAAAGAACUUUGUUGUUGACCAUGCCAAGCUGAUGAAGGACGAAUCCUGGUUCGCGAAGCUCACCCAUGAGCAAUGGUCGAAAUCCGUGGGCGUGCUGCCCGAUGAAGUGGAGCUUCCCGUUCGAGGGAUUGAGAAAGUCUUAUCGGGUGCAAAUCCCGACCACUUCACCCUACCCGCGAUCAACAAGAAGACCAAGUUGAUCGCUGGGUAUGUGCAUUGCACGCUCUCGGAGGAAGACAACGCAUUGAACGUAAACCAUAUCAAAGACUUGGCUGGUGUUGUGAGACGGUAG